AAUCUGUAAGACUUUGUCUUUCACCUGCCUAAUGCAUAAAACAGAUAAUCUUGGCUGAUUUAACAAUUUACAGAGUGAAACUUCCAUUAACCAAGUGCUGUAGAAACAAAAUCUAGACUUCUACUUCCUCAAGACAGGCGCCUGUCUCAAAAAUGGACAACAAGCUGGAUGUCUUCAGGAGGGAGUUAGUGGAUGUUCAGGGCAUCCCCCUCUUCUGGAGCAUUGCUGAGGAGUGGGCCCAGGUGGAGUCAUUCGAGACCCGACCAGAUGAUCUGCUGAUUUCCACCUACCCCAAAUCUGGAACAACCUGGGUCAGUGAAAUAGUAGAUUUGAUUUAUAACAAUGGAGAUGUGGAAAAAUGUAAACGGGAUGCAAUAUACCAUCGAGUGCCAUUCAUGGAACUUAUAGUACCUGGAAUUGAAAAUGGUGUUGAGUUGUUGAAAACAAUGCAGUCUCCUAGGCUAGUGAAAACACACCUACCUGUUCAACUUCUCCCUUCUUCAUUUUGGAAGAAUAAUUGCAAGAUGGUCUAUGUGGCACGGAAUGCUAAAGAUGUGGCUGUGUCUUAUUAUUAUUUCUACCAGAUGGCAAAAUUGCACCCAGAGCCUGGCAAGUGGGAGGAGUUCCUGGAUAAAUUCAUGACUGGGAAGGUGGCUUUUGGUUCUUGGUAUGACCAUGUAAAAGGCUGGUGGGAGAAGAAGAAAGAUUAUCGUAUUCUUUACCUAUUUUAUGAAGACAUGAAAGAGAAUCCAAAGUGUGAAAUUCAGAAAUUGUUAAAGUUUCUAGAUAAAGACCUGCCUGAAGUAACUGUGGAUAAAAUCCUCUAUCAUAGCUCUUUCAAUGUGAUGAAACAGAAUCCAAGUACAAAUUAUACCACUGUACCCAACUCUGAUAUGGAUCAUUCUGUGUCUCCCUUCAUGAGAAAGGGUAUUUCAGGGGACUGGAAGAACCAGUUCACUGUAGCCCAGUAUGAGAGAUUUGAAGAAGAUUAUAAAAAGAAAAUGAAAGGAUCUACACUGCAGUUUCGUUCAGAGAUCUGAGAAAUACCUGCUCUUUCUCCACCUCCUUAGUUGGCACUUAAAUUAAAAGAAAAAAAGCCUUCAAACAUUUGCUGAAAGAAACUCUGUAUUUAAUAUUUCCUUAUUUACUAAUAUUAGUACUUUGUAAUAGAAUAUUCAAAGAAUGUCAAAGUCUAUGUAUAAAAAAUCAAUGCUGUCUCUAUGACUUUAUCUACCCUCCACAAUAUUUUUACUAUUC